AUGGCGUUUUCAUUCUCUAGAAAACCCUCUUCGAGAUACAGCACCUACGAUUCACGUUCUUCAACUUCCUCUCACUUUUCAGAUCCAUCUUCAUCCCAUGAGUUCAACAAUGUAAACCCAAAAUCAUACUCUUCAUCUCGUGCCAUGGUGAAAGCUAAACCUUCUCAUGUAACGCCAACCACAAAAGUGGAUCCUACGGUAACCACUAUGGUUAAAAAGUUCAUGGCGAAUAAGCCCAAAUCAGUGAACCCUGCCUCUACCAAGUUGUUCAUUCCUUCUGAUGUUAUUGCUAAGGAUUUGAAGGAUGCUAAAAGGGUCACUGGUUUUUCUGCGUUGCAGAAGAAAUUGUUCGGGAAGAGUGGAUCGUGUGAGAAGAAAGAGAAGGUGAAGGCUUUGACUGAAGUGAAGGGGAACACUAGGACUCUUGCUAUGGUUCUGAGGAGUGAGAGGGAGCUUCUGAGUAUCAAUAAGGAACAAGAGGAUGAGAUUUCGAGGCUUAAGCUCGUGAUUGAAAACAAGAAUAAAGAGGUAGAGAAGUUGAAGGAUUUGUGCUUGAACCAAAGAGAAGAAAUCAAGUCAUUGAAGAACAGUAUUUUGUUCCCAGAGGUAAUGAAUUCUCAACUUCAGGAACUUGUAGAGAAGCAAGGCUCAGAGCUGAAAGAAGCAAAACAGGUCAUUCCAUCUCUACAACAGCAGGUUUCUUCUCUAACUGGUCAGCUUCAAAGCCUCGCCGAAGAUCUUGCAGAGGUCAAGGCUGAUAAGUAUUCGGCGAAAACAGGCUUCCAAGGUUACGGAAGCUCUCCAAGAACACCGCCACGACAUGGCAGGGAAGAUGCCUCAAACUCUUGGACACCGCCGCCACAUGGCAGGGAAGAUGCCUCAAACUCUUGGGAUUUUAGCUCCGAGGACAUGGCGGAUGAUCUAUUACUCAAAGAUCUUAAUCCAUGCUUAACACCUUACAAUGCCAACAAGUCAAGAUCCAGGGAAUCACUGCAGGAUGAUAGCUUAUCUGAGGAUGAUGUCAAAGUAUAUCCUGAGUUGCUUGACGAUUUUAACUCUUAUGAUCGGAAAUUUUCAAAAAGUUCUGACUGUUACCACCAUAACACCGCCAAAAUCAGCAAACUAGGAGUUACAGCCAAACCAAGUCGAAGAUCUGACGACAGCAAAACAGCUUGGAGGUAG